AUGAGCAGCAACAAACUGACACUUCAUACCUGCUCACCAUCACUCUUCACAACACCUGCCACAAAGCCUGCCAUCCCCACCAUCUGCCUUGUCGCCACAACACCCUCACCAGCCAACUCCUCCGUCACUCCAUGGUCUGAACCCCAGCCCCCACUCACUCUCAUUCUUGUUCUUGCGCCCAAAACCCCGUCCUCAGAUGCAAUACAUAGGCGUCUCAUACUCGAGCAAGAAUGGGAAUUGGGGGAGACUGCCUCCGCGAGGAAGAGCCGCAUGUCCCCAGACGGCAAGGGCUGUGGUCCUGCUCUUGGCGAGGCAGACAUGCGGUCACUUAAAAAUGCAGUUGGCAACAAGAUAGGCAGAGAUCUGGAGCUUGUACUGGCAAUCCUACCAACGAGUUCGACAGACGUCUACCAUGCCAUCAAGUCAUUUGGUGACGUUAUCGCCAGUUUCCCAACACAGUGUGUUCAAGAGAACAAGAUCGAGAGAGCCAAUGACCAAUACUGUGCGAAUCUCGGCAUGAAGAUCAACGCCAAAAUUGGAGGCAUCAACUCGCUGCCAAGGUCAGGUGCGUUGGAGAAUCUCAGUGCCUUGCAUCAACCCUAG